ACCGGUUGCUUUUCCAUUCCAUGCCGUGCAGGUGCAGCUCUCCAAUAGGCUACUACCCUCUAGCUAGCUUCGUCGUCUCCGAGCCCGAUGUGAGAGGUCAGAUACAUACAACGGACGAGAUUUUGGAAAAAAAAAAAGGAAGGCAGAGGAGGGAUUGAACACCGUCGUCGAUCGGAGUAACUAGCCAUGGUCACCAACAAGAAUGUUCAGCAGCAGCAGCAGCAGCAUCGUGUAGAUGUGCUGGUGCCUGCUAUGGUGGUGGCGGCAAUGGCGAACCCUUGCUGCCCCGCCGUCAAGCUCCUCCGCUGCGCCAUCCCGCUCGCCCUCGGCAUCGCCGUCGCCGUGUACCUCGUCGGGUCGGCGACGCCUGCCGUCGUCCAGAGCGGGUACCUCGAGCGCCUCUUCCCUCUCCCGCCGGCCGCGGCGAGCCCGUCGGCGAUGGGCCGGCAGAAGCAGGCGCCGGAGCUGGAGCAGACGUCCGCGGCGACCAAUUCGGCCCCCUCGUGGCCGGUGGACGACGGCGCUUCCGGCGGCAACAGGACCCAGCGCGCCGGGAAGGUGGAAGCCGCCGCCGCCGGCGGAUUCGUGGACAUUAGUGACGAGGAGCUGAUGAAGCUGGCGGCGAGGGUGGCGCCGAGGGAGGCGGCGGGCGCCCCGAAGGUGGCGUUCCUGUUCCUGACGAGGUGGGACCUGCCGAUGGCGCCGCUGUGGGAGAAGUUCUUCGAGGGCCACCGCGGCCUCUACUCCGUCUACGUGCACACCGAUCCGGCCUUCAACGGCUCCGACCCCGGCGAGGCCUCCGCCUUCCACCGCCGCACCAUCCCUAGCAAGGAGGUUAAAUGGGGACAGAUUAGCAUGGUGGAAGCCGAGCGGCGGCUCCUGGCGCACGCGAUCCUCGACCAUUCCAACGCCCGCUUCGUCCUCCUCUCGGAGUCGCACGUCCCGCUCUUCGACUUCCCGACGGUGUACUCGUACCUCGUCAACUCCAGCAAGGUGUACGUCGAGUCGUACGACCUGCCCGGCGCGACGGGGCGCGGGCGGUACAAGCGCGCCAUGGGCCCCCUCGUGACCGUCGCGCAGUGGCGCAAGGGCUCGCAGUGGUUCGAGAUGGACAGGCGCGUCGCCGGCGACGUCGUCGCCGACGACGUCUACUUCCCGGUCUUCCGGAGGUUCUGCAGGCGCAACUGCUACGCCGACGAGCACUACCUGCCGACGCUCCUCAGCAUCCGGCACCCGUCGCGUGUCGCCAACCGGAGCGUGACGUGGGUGGACUGGUCCCACGGCGGCCCGCACCCGGCGCGGUUCACGAGGAUGGAGGUGACGCCGGACUUCCUCCGGUGGCUGAGGACCGGGGCGGCGACGUGCGACUACAACGGCGGGACGACGACGGUGUGCUUCCUGUUCGCGAGGAAGUUCCUGCCCAACUCGCUCACCCGGUUCCUGAGAUUCGCUCCAAAGGUCAUGGGCUUUGGAUGAGGGCCGGGUGCCGAUGUUUUCGGAUAUAUACAAUUUUCGCAUUCUUUGAUUUGAUUUGAUUUGUUCGCUCGCUAUUCAACAACACAUGUAUACUUGACAUACAUUUCGUCCCUUUUUUUUUCUGGUUCCCUCGUGUCAUAUAAAGGCAGCACAUAUGUAAAGAGCACAAGAAAAACUUUUGUACUAACCACACACCACUUUGAUGGGACCGAUUUAUACA